AUGCUAUACGACAGUCUAAAGAGACGAGAGGCCGACGUGCUUUCCCAGCUUCGCGCAGGAAUGGCCAGGAUCAACAGCUACCUCAGCAAGAUAGGAGCCGAAGAAUCGGACAUCCUCAAGUUGACAGACCAUGUUUCAGCUGCUGAAGAUAGGAUGCUGAAUACUUAG